CGGUUUUCUUCUUCUUGUCUCAAACAACGUCCUCCCCUCCAAACUCAACCCUCGCCUCAACUGAUCAAGCAACUGUUUAUCUGCAGCUCAGGAAUCAUGCGGUCCUCCUACUUUAAUCUCCUUCCUGCGCUCUCCCUAUUCUCCCUCUCCGCGGCCAUCUCCUCAUCCUCUCAACCACAGUCAGCCGAGAUCCUAUGCUGGCCUGUAGCUUCUCCCGAACCGUCCGUCCUGGCUCACGUCUCCUACGAUUCGACCACCUUGCAACCGGAGUUCACCUUUUCAUCAACGAAUAUCGCCGCAGCGUGCGGUGACAACGAACCGCAGGAUGUAUCCAAUGACUUGAUCCGCCUGGGCUUGUACACCUCUACGUCUACCAACACCAAACAAUGGGUAGGGACCCUCGCCUCACGGUCCUCCCUUAUAGGGAGUGAGAACGACAGGCCAAAAAUUCGGCUUCACGUCGGCCCAUCCAACAAUAUUUACUACGUUGACUUGCUGCCGUCCACCUCAUCAACUUCUUCUCCUUCUACGCCAGUAAGCCCAAAGCUGGAGCUGUUAUCUAGUCAAGCGGGUCCACGCCCACAUCUCAAUCAGCCUAUUGUGCUUGGUCCGGAUGGCAAGAAUGCGGAGGAAGUCGUCGAGAAAACCAUCUUCCAAAAAUACUGGUGGGUUUUCCUCAUUGUCACCUUCUUGGCUAUGUCUGGCGGUGGGGAAAGCCAGUAGAUUCUUGACACAAUCAUUUCGUAGAUCAACUGUUCUCCCUUAGACAUGGUAUACUAGUGUUACUUGGCUAGGUUUGUUGCUGGGUGCAAACCCCCCCAAGACUUAUUUUAAUUAUGAGCAAAAUCAAUGUGGUCGUCCCAGCCGGUUAUGCGUCCCCUCUAGAACGUCUUCAGUUCAGCUCAUAUGCCACAAUCAUAUUCCAGUUUCGCCAGAUGCUCGGUGGGCUCUGGCAUGAAAGGGAAAAAAGAACCAUGCUGAAACGUGCGAGCGUGUCCGGCAUCAGCUAUGCGCAAAUAGAUGAUGUGGUGUUACCAUACAUCUCCCUUUGAAAACGGGAAUUAGCACUGAUAUUAUUCGCCUCCCAGAAUGGAGGAUCAGAAGAGGUAGGCCAGAUGAUGUCUUGACAUGGUAACUUGUAGCAUGCGCCCACUCUCACCGGAACCGGAGCUUCAUGUAUAUAUUAUGAUAAAGUGCAAUGGAUCCGUGCUAUAAUUAAU